AUGGCACGAGUCCUGAAAUUCUUCACUUGGCUGUUGGCGCUCAGCCCCGGACUCCUGACAACCGUGCGGACAGAAUGCAGCCAGAACUGCGCGUCGUGCAGCUACCGCCUGGCACGCCCGACAGACAUCAACCCCUUGGCUUGCAUACUGGAAUGUGAAGGAAAAUUGCCUUCUCUGAAAACGUGGGAAGCCUGUAAAGAGCUACUGCAGCUGUCCAAACUAGAGCUUUCUCAAGAUGGCGCCAACACCCUGCGAGACAACGGCAAACAGGAGGAGAGCCAUUUGCUGGCCAAGAAGUAUGGUGGCUUCAUGAAGAGAUAUGGAGGUUUCAUGAAGAAAAUGGAUGAGCUUUAUCCCAUGGAGCCCGAGGAAGAGGCAAAUGAAGGGGAAACCCUUGCCAAGAGAUAUGGGGGCUUUAUGAAGAAGGAUGCCAAGGAGGACACCCUCACCAACAACUCUGAUCUGCUGAGAGAGCUGCUAGGAACAGAAGACAGCCAAGAGGGUGGCCCCCAGCACGAGGGCAGUGACAAUGACGAAGAAGUUAGCAAGAGAUACGGAGGCUUCAUGAGAGGUCUAAAAAGAAGCACUCAACUGGAAGAUGAAGCCAAAGAGCUGCAGAAGCGAUAUGGCGGCUUCAUGAGAAGGGUGGGUCGCCCUGAGUGGUGGAUGGACUACCAGAAACGGUAUGGAGGCUUCCUGAAACGCUUUGCAGAUUCUCUGCCUUCUGAUGAAGAAGGGGAGAAUUACUCAAAAGAAGUUCCCGAAAUGGGAAAAAGAUAUGGAGGGUUUAUGAGAUUUUAG